GCGGAGGAACUCUUGAGAAUCAACAGCCAUCCAAUAAAUGUAUAAAUCUACGCCUGGCAAUAUGUUUCACCACGUAGUAUCAUAUAGACGGUCUCUUGUGUUGAUACUGUGUACGAUAUUGUUUUUGGAGACUCAAGCUGAUUCAGAUAUAUGCAAGAUAUGUACUUGCAAUUCACUUACAACGAGAAUAAAUUGUGCACGUCGCAAUUUACUAUCAAUUCCACAACCAAUUCCGACGAAUGUUGAAUAUUUAUAUCUGCAAUGGAACAACAUUGAAACCAUCAAAGAAGGUGCAUUCACGGGGCUUUCAAAUUUAAAAGAAUUAGUUCUUGGUGCCAACAACAUUGAAACCAUCAAAGAAGGUGCAUUCACGGGGCUUUCAAAUUUAAAAGAAUUAAUUGUGCAAAUGAACAACAUUGCAACCAUCAAAGAAGGGACCUUCACGGGGCUUUCGAAUUUAAAGACAUUACGUCUUUCCUACAAUAAAAUUUCAACGAUUGAAAAAGAGAUGUUUGAAGGCCUUCACAACUUAGAGAAAUUAGAUCUGUCCAAGAACAAGAUUUCAACCAUCAAAGACGGUACAUUCAAGGGGCUUUCGAAUUUAAAAGAAUUAAAUCUUGGCAACAAUAAAAUUUCAAGGAUUGAAAAGGAGAUGUUUCAAGGCCUUCACAACUUAGAGGAAUUAGAUCUGUCCAAGAACAAGAUUUCAACCAUCAAAGACGGUACAUUCAAGGGGCUUUCGAAUUUAAAAGAAUUAUAUCUGAGAUGGAACAACAUUUCAACCAUCAAAGAAGGUGUAUUCACGGGGCUUUCGAAUUUAGAGACAUUACGUCUUUCCAACAAUAAAAUUUCAAGGAUUGAAAAAGAGAUGUUUCAAGGCCUUCACAACUUAGAGAAAUUAUAUCUUUCCAACAAUAAAAUUUCAAGGAUUGAAAAAGAGCUGUUUCAAGGCCUUCACAACUUAGAGAAAUUAUAUCUUGACAACGACAACAUUGCAACCAUCAAAGAAGGUGCAUUCACGGGGCUUUCGAAUUUAAAAGAAUUACGUCUUUCCUACAAUAAAAUUUCAAGGAUUGAAAAAGAGAUGUUUGAAGGCCUUCACAACUUAGAGAAAUUAUAUUUGAACAGCAACCCAAUAGAAAAAUAUGAAGAUGGCGCUUUCUUAUUCCUUCCCAGCAUAGUUAAAAUUUACCUCGAAUACAAUAAGCUUAUGAAGUGUGGAUGUCACUUGCCAGCCUUCGUUAAGUAUAUUAAAGAAGUCUAUAACAGAACUGUUGCUGUCUUUGGCACGUGUCUUGAAGGCUCAGGGAAACGAAUACCUAUACUGGAUUAUUCGCAAUGUCAAAAUUACUCGUUAUUUCAACGGAAUUUACAGUGUCAAACAUGUUCAGGAAUCAUAUGCAAUGAAGAAGUGACAAGCUGUCCAGGAACAGAGCCUGUAUGCCGAUUCGCAAUAUCAAUGAACGGUGCUAAACUGAAGACUGAAAGGUCCUGCAGCACAUACAGAAAAUGUGUUGAAGCUAUGAGAAACAAUACCCUUACAUGCAAUAAACGGACGAAUGGCACGUCUUGUACUGGUUGUUGCGUCGGACACUUAUGUAACAAGAAUGAUUUCAUUGGAUGGACCAAAUCCCUCGUAUUUCGUUUGAUUUUUAAAAAGUUCAACGAAUAUAAAAUCCCUGCUGAGAACAUAUCAAGAGCCAUUGAGCAUGACCUUUCAACCGUGACGGGAACAUUUAGAGUUGAAGACUGUGGGUAAGCAAAUGCUUCUAACACAUUUAUUCAAAUUUAUUUGC